AGAAUUGCUGAUUAUAAAAAGGGAAGAAACUCAAUCAAUUAUGCGCGCUUAGUCUAAACAUACCGAUGCGAAAGUGAUUGUGCUUGCAUUGCGCCUGUAAAAAGGGCUUGCAUUCUUCCAAUAAGAAUUCCUAUACGCAAAGUAGAAAAGUUCAAGUGCUCCUUAUAACGAAAUUAUGUGCUCAGAGUGCAUAUAAAAUAAAUAGCUGUGAGAAUAUUUCAAAGCGUCAUCACUGCUGUUGCUGUUGGCUCUGUGCAUUAAUUUCGUGCCGCACCCGCCGCUCCCCUCCUGCUGAAGUACAAAAUGGUUUCGCUGAUAAAAAAACAAUUGCUGAAGCAUUUGUCUAUCUACACAAAGAACCUGUCCUCGGAUAAAAUCAAUUUGAGCACAUUUCGUGGCGAGGGUGAGCUCUCCAAUCUGGAGCUGGAUGAGCGUGUGCUAACCGAGUUGCUGGAGCUGCCCAGUUGGCUGCGUUUGACGUCGGCCUGGUGCAAUCACGUCUCCUUUCGCAUUGGCUGGGCCACGAAAACUGUGCCCAUAACGCUGACGCUCGACGAGGUGCGUAUUACCAUCGAGACCUGUGAUCCCACAGCGCGUGAUGCUGGCGGCGGUGGUAAUGCGACCGCUGCAUCGCUGCCACAAGUGCCUCAGGGUAAAUACAGCUUCAUACACAAGAUCGUCGAUGGCAUCACUAUUGUGGUGAACACGGUGAAUGUGAAUUUUGUGAGUGCCGCCUUUACCGCCUCCGUGCAAAUGUCGCGCAUUCGGGUGGAGUCCAAGACGCCCAAGUGGGAAAAUGGUGAUUUGCGCUUUACACGCCUCAAGGACGCCCAGAAAGGCAUUAUCUUAAUCUUCAAGGAGCUCUCAUGGCAAACGGUUCGCAUUGAGGCCAGUUCCACUCAGGACAAAUCAUUGACUCCGCUACGAUUGCUAACGAAUCAUGCACGCUGUCGAAUCACGAUACGCAAGCGUCUAUCGGAUUGCGCAGUGUUGGCCUCAUGUCUAUUGCUCAUACUGGAUGAUCUGCUCUGGGUGCUGACCGAUUCGCAACUGAAGGCGGCGCUGCAUUUCGUUGAUUCACUAUCGGGUCUGAUUAAGGUGGCCACACAUGCCACUCAAAAGACAAAGGCGGCACGUAAACUACAGACGCUGCCCGAGUACCAGGCACAGGUUGCCCAGCAACAGAAUCGGCUCUCGGCAUCGGCGCAUAUGACGCCGGCGCAAAGGCUGUUCAAUGCAUUUGAUGUGCGUGAGACUUCGUAUCAUUUCUUUAGUCAGCGCAUUGAUUUGCACUUGUGCGACGAUGAGGGUGAUGGUCGCUCCGGUUAUCCGGAGCUGGACAAGGGCGGUGCCCUACAGGUGUCUGUGACCGCAUUUCAAAUCGAUUAUUAUCCGUAUCAUUUGGCUAAGUCGGAUCGCACGCAUUGGGCCAAGUACAAAGAGGCGUCGGUGGCGCCAGCAUUAUGGCUAAAGGAAUCGCUCAAUGCGUUUCGGGAGGCGGUGCUCAAUCUCAGCCAACCGAAUCGACCGGCGACGCAUGCCCCACUCGAGCGCAGUGCGCCCGCCUCGCCCAUAAUGCUGAGUGCAUCGUCGCUGUUGGGCUCACAACAUGGCAGCGUUGGCAUCGGCUCCAAUGGCAGCAGUACACCCACUGCAGCAGCAGCAGCAGCGGCUGCCGGUGGCUCCGGUUCCGGUUCGGGAUCGGGCAAUGCAUCGGCCAGCAGCCAGCAUACGCAGGCAACGCAACAACGCAGCACACUGGAGAAUCUGGCCAAGCUAAUGAGCUCUUGCUUCAUACUGAGAAUCGAGGAUUUCACAUUGUAUCGCGUGACCACGUCGGGCAAAAAGCAAAUGCCCAAGGAGUUUGUCUCAGCACAACAUAAGAGGAAAGGCAAAUCUUCAGGUGACAAGGAUCGCUAUUCGUUUCCCGCCGAUAUGCCCAUUGUGCACGCCGAGUACACCUACUUCUACUAUCCUGGUGAUUUUGUUUUUCCACUGCCACCUUCAAAGCUGUUUGUGCACAUUAAUCCACUACAAUUGCAUUUUGAUCUCAGCUCGAUAUUGUGGUUGAACUCGUUUGGCCUCAAUCUACACGAGAGUUUGUUACGCACCAGCGUCGGCUCCCAGGCCACGUUGCAGCAGCAGCCGCAGAGUACACGCGGCUCCAUUGCCUCCAAUGCCUCGUAUGGCUCCAAUGGUACACAGAUGGCCGCUGCAUUGAGCGUCGAACAGGAGCCAAAUCUGACGUACAUGGAUGUCAAGGUGGAGGCCAUUAUGCCGCGCGUGGUCAUGGAAGCGGCGCUGGAUGCGCCCAACCAAAAGGAUCGCCCCAAAACGAUGCAAAUCCAAAUCUCACGUUUCGCCCUGACCAACAUACGUGAAAUGGGCAGCUCACGUGCGGAUUUGGCUCAGGCGCUGCAUUCACUGCAGGAGGGCUCGCUGGUUUUCGGCAGCGGCUUCCCCUCGGUCGAGGGUGACAUGUGCAUUGUCACCGAUCGCAUUCUGUCGCAUGUGGCCGCCUCCGAUGUCAGCAUGCUGUCGGCACCCAUGUCACCGAUGCAAACGCAGCUGCCACGUUCCGCUUCCACACAGUACCUGUCACGAUAUGCCAUGUGGUCGGAGCCGCGCGAUGUCUGGUGCAUAAAACUGGAUCCCGUUUGGGUGGAUUUUCUGGGCGCACGUUCGUUAGGUCCCAAUAAAUCUAUACCGUUUGUGGAUGCGGUGCCCAUUACGCUCUGGCUGCAUUCUGGCGGUGCAGCGCAGGCGCAGGCACAGGCACAGCUGGAGCUGGGCAAACGUCAGAGCACGGUAAGUUCGCAAAUGGAGAGCAUGGGAUUGACGCCAUUGCCGACGCUGCCACCAUUGCCACGCAAUCCGUUCCUUAGCGAUGAGGAUGUGCGCGUUUUGCAGCCCCCGGCCAAGGAUGAUGCCACGCCCAUCGAACGAUCGGCCGAUAUGCAUGCUAUAGCGCAUAUAUCGAAUUUGGUUAGCCUGCAAAUCGAUCAUUAUCAAUUGUUAUUCCUGCUGCGCCUUGCCGAGGAGUUCAAUGAAAUGUCCACAUUUCUCAAUUUGGAUGCGGAGCGCAUUCUGCAAAAGCAAAAUCAGCAAAAGUCCAUAAUAUUUGGGUGUGUUGUGCCGCAGAUCGAGGUGACGCUUGUGAUGCCAUCGCCAACACCUGGUAAGGAAUCGAGUGGUGGUGAUGCUGAAAGUGUCUUACCCGAUUCAGCUAGUUUGGGUGAUGAUUUACACAUGAAUAGCGGCAAUAUCAUAUGGCCCACACCACCGCCGCUGGAUCAGCUGAAGAGUAAUACAUUUGGCAGCAUGGAGACGCCAUCGCCGGUUACAAACGAUCCCCCCUUUGAUAGUGGCAUACAUAUAUCCAAUCCAAAUACACAUGGUUACAAUGUGCAAAUUCAGAGCACACCAACGUUAGCUUCCUCAACGCCAAGUCAGGGCUCACGACCUGACACUGGCAUCUCCAUGCAAUCGCAAUCGCAAUCGCAAACUCAAUCAAUAUCAUCUGCUUCAAAGAGCCUUAAAGGCACCGUUCGUCCGGGUUCGGGCGGAGACAAUGUGCCUAGCAUAACCAAGGAGCUAAACUCGGGUUUCCUGUCCAUGACGAAGGGUUUCUCCAGUUUUAUGACUUCGGCUAUUAAGUCAGGCACACCCAAUGAUGAUGUCAGUGAUACCUUCUCCGUGCAGAGCGACAUUAGCUCCGAUUCGGAGAAGUAUGCCAUGACGAUGGCCGACGAUAAGACCAUGGACUGCAUGGAUGUAAUGUUCCGGCUUAAUCCAUUCACGACUGACAACAAUUUAAAGACCUCACCAAUUGAGGUGGCCAGCGAGGUGUACGAGGAACCCAGCAGCUAUAAGACAAACAUGUCAUCGCCUUCGGAGCCCUCAGAGGCGAGCACCUGGCGGCGACGUGAUCUGGUUUCUAUGGCCACUUUCAGAUUGACGACCGUGGAGAUUAUACGCCAGCAGGAGGGACCAAAAUCUUCGGUGCGCUUGCAGGUGGCUGCCGUUUCUUGUGAUGAGUGUGGCGCCAUACCCUGGGACGAGUUGCAGAUUGCGCAUCAAGCGAACAAGACAAAGUUUGGGGCGCGCUGCAAGGCCUGGAAUUUGGCGCCGUACAAUCCGGAAGCACCGCCCUGCAUAAGACUGCGCCUCGAGGAGACUCUGAAUAUGCCGAAGGAAAUUGAGGGCAUCAUCGAUCGCAAGCGCAUACAAAGCUGGUUUACCCAUAAUGCCGAGAUACGCGUUAAGGACAUCAAUUUGGAUUUAUCGAUGAGUACAGUGAUUGGUCUCGGUGAUCUAGCUGAGGAUGAGAUCAUCUCGCCUCCGCUUCCCGUCACGAUCAAUCUGGAAAAUGUGCGCAUUAAUCUGCUGGAAGACCGUCCGCCCGUCAAUAUUACCUCACCGGGCCCAGUGCCCAUAAAUCUUUGUAUUGGCCGCAUGCAUUUGGAGCGCGACAAGAGCGGUCAGCUCAACAUACAGCCAAUUGAUUCAAAUUUAAGUGCCGAUCAGCAUCAGGCUUUGAGUGGCGCUUUGUUUGGUGCACCGCGCGAACGCGAUCGUGAGCUGCUCUCUAUGCAGCUGGUCAUGCAGCAAAUGAAGCUGGACAAUGAGCAGCUGCGUCGGCAGGUUGUCGACUGCAAAUCCAACACAGACCAAUACAGGCAAAAGACUAAACAGGAAACGGAUGUGCUGCGCUCGUAUUUGAAGGCAGCACAGGAUGACAUUAGCAUAUUGCUAGAGGAGAAGAAGGCGUUGUUGGAUACCAUUCGAUCCAUGCAGAUUCAAAUGACAUCAUCGAAUAUGAGCCGAAAGAAUGAUGGCAACAGAUAGCACAACUGCAUGGACUGCAUCCAAUGCUGCGGCGAGAACAAUAAUGCCUAGGCCUGGUAUGCACUAAAGUCAAUGCCGAUACCAUUAAAGACGUCCUUGAUUUUUAUUGUUAUGCCGCUUUUAUCAUCAAUCAUUGCGUUGAGUUUAGCAGAAGACUGAGCCGUACUGAGCACGGACACCAAUCACGUUGCCGUUCAUCAUCAAAAACAUACUUACGUACAUAGUUAUUCUAUGUAUAUUUUUAUUGGUUUUAUUAUUGUUAAGCUAGCUAACAACUAUUGCUACUGUUCCAAAGAAUGUUUUCCCUUUACAAAAUGUGUUAUUACACUGUUUAUAUUGUUUUGUGUUAUUGCUUGAACUUUUAAAGCAGCAACAUAUAUAUAUAUAGUACAUUGUUAAUUAUUUUAAAACGAUCAAAUUAAAUGAGCAUAUUUAUACUUGUACAUAUGCAUAACUAUGUAAUUCGUCAUUGAUAUUACACCAAACUAAAACAUUGUAUAUUCAAUAGAUAUUAAUAACAUAUUGUUGUGAUUCAUGAUCAUAUCAAAAUACUAAAUUUUAGUAGUUAUAUUUAUUACGUACUAUUCUUAUGUAUGUGUGUAUGCAUUGAUGUUGUAAUCUAUGUGCUUAUUAGCAAAACCAUUGGCCAAAUCUAUAAAAACAAACUAGUAUUGCUGACUACUACAUAAUUAGUAGUGACACUCCAAGUUAUUAAAAUUUUGUAUUAAAAUUCAUUGCAUUCCAAUUCAAUCAAACCACGAUUUCUCAAAAUUACUAUGUACCCACACACCCAUACACAUAAGCAUAUGCAGUACUAAUUGGAAAUGUUUUAUUCUCAACUAAAUCAAAAGUACCAUAGUAAAAAAAAAAUCAAAACAACUCAAGUUAUGAACGCGUAUACAAAUAUUUAAAUAAUAGUUUUCAUAUUUCCAAUUAAAAUCAAAUCUAUAUACACAAAACAUAUAAUAUACAUAUGUACAUAUAUUUACGUAUGUAUGUAUGAAAAUUUGCGUUCUCUGCUUACGAAUGUAAAAAUGAAUAAUAUUUGUAACAAUAUUAUGUAUUUGAAUUAUACUAGUGAAACAUAAAAAAAUAUUGAUUGUUAUACAUGCAAUAUACGAACGUUUUCAUCUGUAGUUAGGAAAAACAAGAUUUAGAAAUUAAAGUCGCAUUAAAUAUUGACAAUUACUAAAGUA